AUUAUAUUAGGCCUAUCCUGGUUUCCAUCUCACACCACCUGUGUCAACCCUAUCAUCAACACACACGUAGCUAGGCCUAGCUGGCACUGGGGAGUGACAGAAGAAUAAGCUGGGAGUUUGGAGAGAAGGACAUUUAAAAAUAAAAUGCAGUUGCAGACACAAAAGAAACUAACAACUAUAGCCACUUGGCUGUUCUGCUUGUUCGGUGGUAUUGAGUACGCUGUCAUCAUUCCAUCGCUGAACCUGUUUCUAGAGGAUUUGGGUGCUCCGCAGUACUUUCUUGGCAUCGUCCUCUCAGCAUUUAGUUUCUCUGGUCUCUUUGCUGCCCCUGUGUUUGGUAUAUGGCAGGACAGGACUUCCAAAACAAAAGCAAUCAUUCUGUUUGCUAACAUGUUUGAAAUUGCUGGAAAUUUCUUGUACUUUGUUGGUAGAAGCGAGUACUUCCUGUUGGCAGGCAGAUUGAUAGCAGGUGUUGGCGGAGGAGUCAUGGCAACUAUUUUUGCUCAGAUAUCGCGUACCACUCAUGUAAAUCAACGCACAGCUGUGAUAUCCCUUGCCAUGGCAGCUCGACAAUUUGGCCUUCUCUUUGGGCCUGGAUUUAACUUGUUUCUCUCCAAGCUUGAUUUCUCCAUUGGUCCGUUCGUGGUCAAUGACUACACGUCACCUGGGUUAUUUAUGACAAUUAUGUGGAUAAUACUUCAGAUACUAAUGAUCUUUAUGUACUUUGACCUUCCAAUGGUUGUCGAUGCAGCAGAAUUUGCUGAUCCAAUCAAAAGCCAAGGUUCCCCAGAAGAUGGCACCAUAGCGAAUGGAGUACCGACACAGGAUGGGCAGUAUUCGAGACGUCCACAAGUUUCUUCUAAAAUGGAAACUGCCAUUGAGAAUAUGCCGAUAAGCAUCAGCGGAAGUUAUGAAGAAUCCGAUGCCAUCCGAGCUGCUAAUGGAAGACUUUCGGUGCCUUCGCCUAUUAGUUCAGAACCGUCUCUCACUACAUCAUCCAAUUUGAGAAACGAGAUAAGGGCAAAUAAAUCUCUUAGCAAUUCAGAUUAUAUUGUUAAUGAUGGAGGUGGUCGAGCAUCUAGUUAUGGCGCCAUCAGUGUGAACAACGAGGAAAGCCAGAUAAAGGAAGACGUAGAAGUCUCCCUCAUACUGAAAAUGAAAUACAAGGACAUGACGUUUUUCCAAAAGUUAAACGAACUUAUAAGGGAAGAAAUUGUUGUGAUAUUGUUUGCUCAGUUUGUGUUCCUCUUCAAUCAGACAGCACUUGAGGCUUGUCUGACACCAAUAACACAGAAAUACCUGUCAUUUGGAGAAAUAGCCAACAGUCUGUUGUUCUGUGCUGCAGGUAUAGAGGUCAUCAUGGGCUUUUUCCUGGUGCGCUGGAUGAGUAGACGAUGUCAGGACAGGACGCUAACAAUUAUCGGACUGUUAGCUGAAAUAAUACCAUUGAUUAUAUUGCUCUACUUUCUUCCACAGGCAAAAGCAGAUGAUCGGGACAGUAAUAUUGUAUGGUUGAUGACAUCAAUUUUUAUGCAAGUCAUAGGAUUACCAUUCAUCGCUGUGGCUUCUGUUGCAUCAUUCUCCAAGAUGGUACCUCUACGGAUACAAGGGUUUGGGCAAGGUAUUCGAAGAGCAACGGGUGGCAUAGCAACUAUAUUGGGGCCUCUGUGGGCUGGCGGUGCAGUCACCCAACCGUAUCUUCUUUUGUCAGUUUUACUCACAAUUCUUGUCAUAUGCACGACUUUGACAGUAUUGUCAUGGAAACAACUUAAAACAACUGAAGGUAAAAAGAUGCCAUCGUUAAGGACAACACAGAAAUCUUGUCAAUUUGAGGAUGAAGAGACAGAGCCUUUAUUAUCAACUGAAGGUGGAAUUGAUAUUUAGGCUUCAUGAUCCAUCCACUCUAUUUUUUGUAACCAGAACUAAAUGACUUAAUUACAGCGAAUAUUUUUUUUUUUUUUUUUUUUUUUUAAUGGUGAAAGUAUUAUUG